AUGACCGAUUUUCGCCCGCGGGCUGAAGCCGAGCUUCUCGUUACAAGAACAUGCUAUCUCUCGAACGAUCCCGUCUUCUUCAUAGUCCUCAUCAUCGCAGAGUACAAUUUCAAAGAGGGAGUUAUAUACCUCCAAGAUGGUCUCGCAGGCUCGAGGCUUUACCAUCCCAUGAACUCCAGCCAAUUUAUUCAGUGUCUCGACAACGAGACGGGUGAGGAAGUUGAAGUCGUGCACCAAGGCACAGAGCCAGUUCUCUUUCGUGAAGACCAAAGCGAAGUCAUUUUUACGACAGGGAGGCCCAAUAGGAAUCAGCGCGGUGAAUACUUCGACUUCUCUUUCGAGAAGCCCGGGCGGUUUGCUAUCUGCGUAUGA